UUAAGUUUAUCCUGUGCAGACUAACUCGGCUACCCCCUGAAGCAUCAUCUGUUCUGUAACUUUUUGUUGAGUGACUUAAAACAGGCUUUUGUGCUGUAUUCAACUUCAGUAAAAAAAAAUUUCAGUUUAUUCUCAAAACUCAGGAGUGUGUGAAGUGUUGGCUUAAUAAAGCUAACAGUGAUCCAUUUACCUGUUCUCUCCCUGCACUCUGUAACAACUAGCUCAGUAUUAGGAAGAGUUUUGUUGAGGCUGAGAAUACUGGUGGUGGUAGUCAAAUCAAGUGCUAGCUCCUUACUGGGGUGGGUCACAUGAUAGUAAAUCUAGGAUUUCUUGCUUCAUUUAUAUGUGUGCAUAGAAUGUUACGGUCACUCCUAGAUCAAGGGAUGCUGUUAAAAGCUGAUUGUAUUUCCUCUGUGAACUAUUCAUUUAGAUAAAUAAACUUUCCAUUCAGAACACACAAGGCAUCUUGCUGCUCACCUAACUGAAGAAGCUGAGUUCGUUUUAAAGUCUUCCUUUUCUUUGUGCAAUCCAUUUCAUUUUUUGAGUCCUUUUCCAAUAAUAAAAGAAUCUCUGCAAGAACUCUACAAAAAAUAAGAAUAGAAAACCAGUAAGAAGGUAUGUACUUGGAUAGUAAAGAUGACGGCACAAUCACUAGAAAUCUAGAGAUGGAGCUGACUCAGACAUCCUCUCCUCACCAUGCUAGCUCACACGGAAAGGUGGCGGCUGAACCAAUUGCCAGCAACUUAAAUGAGCUCUUGAAGGAGUUUCACGGAAUGGUGGCUAUUCAGGGACAGCCACAAAUACCGUAUCAAAAUGGAGCAGUAGGCCAGGAUUGCUGUGUUCCCCUUGGGAAAGAUUUCAAUCCACUCGCCAUGCAGGGGAGGUACCACUUCAGUUUGCCCAAAUUAUUCAGCACAAGGUCAAAGGACAACUGCUUUACAGAGAAGACUCCUCUGCUGAAGGUUUCCACUGAGGACAAUGGGUUACGAUGUAUGGCACUUCAUAAUCCAGAUUUUACUACAGAUGAUGAUUCAUGGGACAACAGCUCUAUAGAAUUUGAGCAGAGGUCUCACCUGGGAAGUGAAAUCAUGAGCUUGUCUAGGUCUGCUUCCUCUGAGAAAUAUGAACUCUUGGACAACCUUCAUGUAAAGUUCAAUUUAUCAAAGAUGAGAUGCUGUUUGAGAUUCCUGAAAGUUUCAACCCUUUUUAUCUUUGUAGUUGUGUGCUCUAUUUUAUUUAGUACUUAUCCCGACCAAGGAGCACCCUGGCAGAUGUUGGCUGUGUCACCAUUGGAAAGCUACUCUAUGAAUAUUACAGAUUUUCGUGAAUCUUCCCUACUGAAGUUAGAAUUAGGAGGACCUUUUGUAGCAGAUGUGGUUGAUCGUCGGGCAGAGGAAUACAUAAUAGUGCAAAUUGGGCAAAUAGAAGACCCUGGGUCUCGAAGAAGACGUCAGCUGCAGGUUUUAUACAACUGGACUCUACCUUUAAACUCAAGACGAAAUGAGCAAGUUAUCACAACUAAAACCUUUGAGAUACCUAACAGUAAUGCAAUCUCCAUAAACAUUCAAGCUUUUCUGCAGGAAUCUGAAAUUGUUCCUCUCUCCAUAAAGCAUCAGUAUCUUCAUGCGAAUAUAGAGACACAAGUAACCAUUGCAUCAGUCAUCUUGGCAGGUGUUUAUGUGCUUAUCAUAUUGGAGAUUGUUCACAGAACCCUAGCAGCCAUGUUGGGCUCUUUGGCAGCUUUAGCUGCACUAGCUGUGGUUGGUGAGAGACCAAGCAUGGUCAAAGUGGUGGAGUGGAUUGAUUAUGAAACUCUGGCGCUGUUGUUUGGAAUGAUGCUUCUAGUGGCCAUAUUUUCAGAAACUGGAUUUUUUGAUUACUGUGCAGUAAAGGCUUACCAACUCUCUAGAGGCAGAGUGUGGGCCAUGAUUAUCAUUCUGUGUCUUAUUGCUGCAAUUCUUUCUGCAUUUUUGGACAAUGUUACCACAAUGCUUCUCUUUACUCCAGUAACCAUCAGGUUAUGUGAGGUACUUAAUCUUGAUCCUAGACAUGUCCUGAUUGCAGAAGUAAUCUUCACGAACAUUGGAGGAGCUGCCACAGCUGUCGGGGAUCCGCCAAAUGUGAUUAUUGUUUCAAAACAGGAAGUGAGGAAGGCGGGUCUGGAUUUUGCAGCAUUUACUGGACAUAUGUUUGUUGGAAUUUGUCUUGUUCUUCUGGUCUCCUUUCCUUUCCUCAGACUACUUUUCUGGAACAAAAAGCUUUACAACAAGGAGCCAAGUGAGAUUGUUGAGCUGAAACACGAGAUCCAUGUUUGGAGACUAACAGCACAACGAAUCAACCCCGCCAGUAGAGAAGAAACUGCCGUGAAAUGCCUCUUAAUGCAGAAAGUUUUGGCUCUGGAGAUCUUGCUGAAGAACAAACUCAAAACAUUCCAUAAGCAAAUUUCACAAGAAGAUAAAAAUUGGGAAACAAAUAUUCAGGAACUCCAAAAAAAGCACAGAAUAACAGACAAAAUACUUCUCAUCAAAUGCCUGACUGUGCUGGGAUUUGUUAUCCUGAUGUUCUUUCUCAAUUCAUUUGUUCCAGGCAUUCACCUCGAUCUUGGAUGGAUUGCAAUGUUGGGAGCUAUUUGGCUACUAGUGUUAGCUGAUAUCCAUGAUUUUGAGAUGAUACUAAACAGAGUGGAAUGGGCAACACUUCUUUUUUUUGCAGCACUGUUUGUUCUAAUGGAGGCUUUGGCUCAUCUUCAUUUAAUAGAUUAUAUAGGAGAACAGACAGCUUUGUUAAUAAAGGUGGUUCCUGAGGAUCAGCGCCUUGCGGUGGCUAUCAUUUUAGUCCUCUGGGUCUCUGCUCUGGCAUCAUCCCUCAUUGACAACAUUCCGUUCACAGCUACAAUGAUUCCUGUGCUUCUCAACCUGAGUCAAGAUCCUGAUGUUAACCUGCCUGUGAAACCACUCAUCUUUUCCUUGGCCAUGGGUGCAUGUCUUGGAGGUAAUGGGACAUUGAUCGGAGCAUCUGCAAAUGUUGUUUGUGCAGGAAUUGCAGAACAGCAUGGCUAUGGCUUCUCUUUCAUGGAAUUUUUCAGGUUGGGAUUCCCCAUGAUGAUUAUAUCCUGUACCAUUGGGAUGUGUUAUCUCCUUGUUGCUCAUGUUGUACUGGGUUGGAAUUCUUAAUAAUUUAUACUUUCAAGACCAAAAGAAGCAUUCUGUCUUGUUCAGUCUAUACAUCAGAGCUCUAAGAAGACACCACAGAAAAAGAAGAAAAAUCUCCCCUUUAAAAAGUCUUAGUUUUUGUUAUUCAUAAACGUAUGUCCUGUGAACAAUUUGCAGAGCUGAGUAUUGAACUUUAAUGAAUCCAAAUGGUUUGUCAUGGUCAAUAUUAAUAAGAACACAAAGACACACCAUUACAAGGGAAUAUGUUGUGUCUUGAAACUUGUCUUUUCACAAUAUGAGCACAGUCACACAUGAAAAAAAGUCAUUCCCAAUGAAAGAUGUUCAGUAGUUUCUUCUUAGGGGUUCAUUUGUUUUUGUCAAUAUAUUUAGCAAUUUGUGUUAAAAGUAACAUUCAGCCUCUACAAACUAACAAUAGACAUGUAAGCAGACAAUAUGUACAUUAAGAGAGAUGUACCAUUGUCUAUGUUUAAAAUUAAAACCAUCCCAAUAAGAAUUUGAUAUGGAAGAAAUUAUUUUGAAAUUGACUAAUAGGUUACACGCCCAUAGUUUUUUUUCUUUUACAAUUUCAUGUUAAUUCAAAUCUUAUUGGCUAUAAAAUAUAGCAUUCAGUUCUUUGGUGGAUUACCCUACAUAUUUUAAUAGGUUCAGAUACUACCUGUAAUAUGAAUCAAAUUCUGUUACAAUUAAAGAAACGUACUAGUUUGUGUUGAUCCAUGGUUUUAAAAAUAUCCUGGUAAUUUCUAUUGCCCUCAACAGGUCUCAUGUCAUGCUUAUGAUGAUGACAUCUAGAGGUUAGCCUUUCUGUGCUGAAUAAAACAAGUGAGAAAACUGAUUCAAAACCCCUUAAAUACAUUUGUUCGUACACAUUCCAUUUUACUCACCAAUGUAUAUAAUGAUUCCUUUUCUUAUAUAUUAGAAUCAAUCUUGCCUUUCGAAGGCCAAGCCUUCUAUAUAACUUAACCCCCCACCAUACUGUAAGAAAAAUGAGAGACCCUGCAACACCAAACAUAGUCAAGCAUCCCACCUAUCCAUCAUAUCUACUCAGCCAAACUACUGGUAUGAGUAGGAAAUAUCAUUGGUUUCUAUUUAGGACCUGCCAGAAGGACUGUCCUAAUCUACUUGGCCUAUCAGUGGUGGGUGUACUUUAAGCAGGGAGUAAAAUAUUCUGUAAAAUAUCCAAAAGUUUUGGAAUAAAUUCAGUCUCUUUCUGGAAGUUUGAUAUGUGGUAAUAUUUUUCUGAUAAUUUCCUUAAAAUAAACUGAUUUACUUCCUGGAGCAUCAUUGCUGCCUUAUUUGUAUUGUGAGACCAGGUUUACUGAGAGGGUAGGGGACAAAACAAAUGAGGAAAAUAAGAUAGUGUUAUUGUUAGCAGAGAGUAUUUUUAUGUGACAGUAAUCGAGUGCUCAGUCACCAAGGCAGAAUGGUGAUACAUCAACAUGUUUUCCUGUCAUAAUACCCUUGUUUCUCACUUCAGCAGACAAUGUACUUAAAUGAGGUUUAUACACAUACAUCAGAGCAUUUCAAGAUAAUGCAGUAAUUUUCAUUGACGCCCUUCCUAAUUGUUAUAGUAAUCUGUGCAUCAGGAUGACUACAUGCUCAACAUAACUAGUGCACGGGAUUGGUUGGAAUACUAUGUACAAUGAAAAUAAAAGUUGAAAGCUUGGAAAAAAUGAACAAUA